AUGGGUUACACGGACCAAGUAAGACAAUUACUCAAGCAAGUAGAAACGGAUGAAUCUGUCAUUGUAGAGGACGAAAAUCAACUUCCUCCUCCUACAGUCCAAAAAACCGAUGAAGAAUGGAAGAAGAUCUUAACUUCCAAACAGUAUGAAGUGCUGAGACGAGCCGGAACCGAACCAUCGUUUUGUGGAGGCUAUAAAACAUUCAAGGAUCAAUUAAAACAAAAUCAGCAAGAGGAAGGAGUCUUUCAUUGUUCAGCUUGUGAUGCUCCUUUGUUCAAUGCAAAGACGUCUUUUGAUUCGGGCUCGGGAUGGCCAUCUUUUUGGGCUCCUGUUGCACCCAAAGCCAUUGGUUACAUUAUCGACAGUACUCUUGGAAUGGAACGAGUGGAAGUGGUGUGCAAUAGUUGUCACUCUCAUUUGGGCCAUGUAUUCAGUGAUGGACCUCGUGACAAAACUAAACUUCGAUACUGCAUUAAUGCUAUCUGUUUGGCAUUGAAAGUGAAAAAGUAG